GUGACGGAGACUCGAGCUCCAGUGAGGGAGGAGAGAGACCGAGACACAGGGACACAGAUGGAGCUGCAUGUGCUUAGAAUGCUUAUUAGCUGAGACAAUGUGCGAAAACAUCUGAAUAUAUCUGUUAUUUUCUCGCUCGGCGACAGUUUGAGCUUUUUUUGUUGUGUUAUAUUUGGAAAGGGCACAUAUCGGUAAGUGGAGGAUGACAGUAAGGUUAUGUCUUUAUUGAAGCGAUAGGAUGCUGAGGCAUCGACAGGCGUAUGGCUGAAUUCAAGCAAGCUAGUCCGCCGUAUGUUGAUAAGAAAGGCCACUGUAUGCGGUGUGAAUGAAAGAAGAGGGCUUCUCUCUCGGAUGGAGGUGUUUUAAGAGGUGUGGUGGAGGGAUGAAGGCGGUGUUGACAUCCAGACGGCAGCGGCUCUUCUAUCGGCUCUUCAUAUGUGCUGUGGGGCUCAUCGCCGUCACCUGCUUCGCUCAGAUUCUCCAUGUAACAGAACAUUCCAAAGAAGAAUCGGACCAGAACUGGGCUCGGCGUAAACUAACCCAGCAGAUAAUAGAGGAGAACCAGACAUCCAGUACACCCAGAGCUGCUAUCCAUGAAUUUCCACAGGACAUCUUCACUAAGGGACAGAGGAGGCAUGGGGCCAUUCUACUGCAUGUGUUUUGUGCGGUUUAUAUGUUCUACGCCCUUGCUAUUGUCUGCGAUGUCUUCUUUGUCCCCUCUCUGGAAAAAAUCUGUGAGAAUCUGCACCUCAGUGAAGAUGUUGCCGGUGCCACCUUUAUGGCAGCGGGAAGCUCCGCCCCUGAGCUUUUCACAUCGUUGAUUGGCGUCUUCAUCACCAAGGGAGAUCUGGGUGUAGGAACUAUCGUGGGAUCUGCUGUCUUCAACAUCCUGGUCAUCAUCGGAGUUUGUGGGAUAUUUGCUGGACAGACCAUCACUUUGACCUGGUGGCCGCUCUUCCGGGACUCUAUUUUCUACAUCCUCUCUGUGCUGGCAUUGAUUCUGAUCAUAUAUGAUGAAAAAGUAAUCUGGUGGGAGACUAUAAUCCUCAUAUCGAUGUAUGGAGUUUACAUCCUUAUCAUGAAGUUUAACAGUCAGAUUUGGGGCUGGGUGGAGCAGAGGUUUGGUAUCCCGGGUCAGCCCUGUCUGGUCAGCAGUCUGCGCAGAGAUGUGUCUGUAGGAGAGGCAAGCCCACACUGUGACACCUCCAUGAUCCUCCUGAAGAAAGGUCAGAAUGCAGGUGGCCAAGACUCCCCGGUGGUGAUGGUGGAUGAGCUGAUGAGUCUUCACCCUCACCAGUUCUCUUUCUCAGAGGCAAGCCUCCGUGUCAUGAUCACGCCUCACUUCUCUCCCCGCACUCGCCUCAGCAUGGCCGGACGCAUGCUCAUCACUGAGAGGCAGAGGCUGAUUAGAAACAGGAGUCCUGGAGACAGCAGUGGCAGUGGAGCAGGAGACACUCCGGGACAAGAUGGUCCAGGCAUGGAAGCGGUUCCUUGGGGUCUGGAGAACGGAGGGGCCCUCGAGAGUGAAACGCAACCCCUGGAGGAGCCCAGACGCAGGAGCCAAGGAGGAGAGUUAGAACGAGUAGCAGACAUAGAGGACACACAGCCGAAAGAUGACGAGGAGGACGAAGAAGAGGCAGAUGAAGAACCCUUCAGGCCCUUUACUGUGCCAGAGGGGCGCUGGGAGCAAGCGAAAUGGAUGUUCUCAUGGCCUUUAAGCUGCCUGCUGUACUACACUGUCCCGAACUGUGUUUUGCCCCGUUGGGAGCGCUGGUUCAUGGUUACCUUUGUGGCCUCAACACUCUGGAUUGCCGUGUUCUCCUACCUCAUGGUGUGGAUGGUCACCAUUAUCAGUUUUACACUGGACAUUCCAGAUGUUGUUAUGGGUAUUACAUUUCUAGCAGCAGGCACCAGUGUCCCAGACUGCAUGGCUAGUCUCAUUGUGGCCCGUCAAGGUAUGGGAGACAUGGCGGUGUCCAACUCUAUUGGCAGCAACAUCUUUGACAUUCUGCUGGGUCUUGGUUUUCCAUGGGCUUUGCGCACCCUAGUGGUUGAUUAUGGCUCAACUGUCUCCAUUAACAGUAAAGGACUGGUGUACUCAGUGAUUCUUCUCCUUGCUUCUGUUUUCCUCACUGUACUGAGUGUGCACCUCAACCACUGGAGGCUGGACCGGAGGUUAGGCCUCGGGCUCAUGUUUCUGUAUGCCAUCUUCCUGCUCUGCUCCAUCUGCUUUGAGAAACUCUAAAUCCCACUUUCCUUGGUUAGCUUAGCUGUAGGGUAGACUUAGACCUGGUUAUUCAUAUUUUACCCCCAGUCACUGCCUUAUUAGUAGCGGUUAUUUCAACCAUGGUUUGAAGCCGGAGUAGUGAACGUUACAUAAAGAGAACUAUUACUCUGCUCUGGUAGAUUAAAGGAAUAGACCACAAAAAAAGGAAAAUUUUUCUGAUUAUUUACUCACGCUAAGGGCAUUUUAGAUGUAUGACAGCCAAGGAGAUUUUUCUCCAUCUAAUGCAUGAGUUGCAACAUUCGACCAACUCUAACCUUCAAUAAUCUAUAUUUAGGCAGUCUAAAAAUAAUCCACAAAACCCUGACAAAAAAAGUGUCUUCUAUGGAGAAACAGUUUGUAGUUUUCAGGAAAAAAGGACAAAUGUACAGUUAAAGUCAGAAUUAUUAGCCCCCCUGUAUAUGUCUGUUUAACGGAAGGAAGAUUUUUUUCAACAC